AUGUCAUGCUCACUUUUCGUGGCGCAAGUUCGUGGCUCACGAAGAUGCUCCGUGUGCAGGUAAACAUUACUUUGCUUCUUCAAUUUGUUCCGUUUUCCUAUAAAGUUUUCAAAACUUUCAGAUGCGACAUCUCCGCUCACGAACCAGCCGCGAUUUAUGUUCAACCCGAGCGAAUUUUCGCAAAUUUGCCGCCAAUCGCCACGUCUCUGAGCAACAAUAACAAUAGUAGCGGUUUGUCCUCCAGGUCUGUACAUUUUCCGCACAUCUAUCACAAUCUUUUCAUCUCUUAUCACCCUAAUAUUUGAGUAGAUUGAAACGGAAGGGUUCUCAAAUAUGUCUACCAAAGAAAGUAGGAAGCAGACAGACGAGGAGAGGCAGAGAAAAAGAACGGGGAAAUUGAGGAAGGAGGAUGGUUUGACGUGAUAUCCAAUAGAGAGAAAGAGAAGCAAUUGGAUGGGAUUUGCGCGGGAGCCAGAGCCAGAUAUCUCUAUCCACUUUCAUGAUUUCAUUCACUCAAUCAAUCUAUUAUCAUUCUCACCUACUUCAUUGCGUGGAUUUCUUUUCUGUAAACGUUCUGUAUUUUGUGGCGAGAAUCUCUCUAAACUUGAAAGAAAGUCAUUAGAGAAGGUGCCUGCAAAGAAAAUAAAACGGAAAGAAAUCACUAGAAAUCAUCUCAAUAUGCCUCCUGAUUCGUGAUUUCUUUCUUUUAAGUGCACCCCAUACCAAACCAAGCCCAAAACAACACGACGCUUUCCUGUCUUUCUCCCAUUCAUCACAUAGAGUUCUCAUAAACCAACGCAUUACGUCGCAUAAAUCUUGACUUUCUCUAAAAUCUAGUACCCAGGUCUCUUUAUAAGGAAGAACGAAGGCAAUGUUUCCCCAAGACGGAAAAGUUGUUCGUCGCCGCUCUUUGUUCAUGAAAAUCCAGUUGCUUUUCUUUGCGUCAACUCUCUUGUCCUUCUGCUCCUUUGCUCUUUUUCCCAUCAGACCACCCAUGUUCUACCUCUCCUUAAAUCCAUUUCCUGGCUUUUUUUCAACUUAAGAGUUGAAGGUGCAGUAACUGAAACAUGUACUUUGUCACAAGGUAGAGCCCCAAUAUCUGUUCUUCAUUGAUAUCAUACUAUUUCAACGUUCAUAUUUUCAGAAUGACAAAUACUCCAAGAAGUGCAACUACGACCAUCAUCAACAACAACAGCAAUAACGUGCUUCCAAUGUCGGAACACUCGGCGUUCAGUCCGUACGCAAGACCCGCUUCGCUUUCCCCACCGGUUAGUUUAAAGGUCAUAUUUUAAAAAAGAGCUUGAGAAGCAUUUGGUAUUCUAGAGACUGGAUUUGAAAUCGUAAGAAGAUGUUCAAACCUAACAUCAGAAUUGAAAAGAAAUCACGAGCAAGUCUACUCUUACAACAAAUCUAAUUCUAAUCUUACUCACAAAUAACAACUGAAAGAAGAAAAGGUAAUCGCGACCUAACACACAAAAUCUUAAAUUAAGAUUCUUAAUCGAAAGAAAAAUAGUUCCAAACAAAUACAUUUUGGCGGGGCUGAAAGAAAGAUUUCGCGAAGAUUUCGCGAAAUGCGCAUGUGUGUAUUGCGCUGGGCAUCUGAUUCUACGCGCAAAUGCGUACAAUUCGAAUAGUGAAUCUAAACAAAUUAAAUUAUACUUUGGGGUGGUUAAAUUACAAUAAACUGUCUUUAAACCUAACAAAAAAGAGGGAAAUUUAUUGGUGUGGGAAUGUUCUCGCACAUUUGUCAGUUUUCGAAACACUGCAGUUCUUGCACUCGCAGUUCGGGCAGUUUUGUGAUUUGUCAUUUACAACGGUCUGUGAUCUUUGCUCCUUGAUGAAUUAUCUCCAUAAUUUACCGACUGAGCUCUAAUAUUGUAGAUCUCAAGAAUUUGCUGUUGCAGGAUUCAAAUCAACAACAUCAGAAGCAACAUUCACCGCAUGUGGUCCUUCGUCCGGAGCCGCGACUGGCGCUGGCUCCCAUUCUUCAGCGGCAAGAAGGAUCCGACUCGAACAUUUCGAAGAAGAUACGCAGCAAACGGAGGGAACGUCCAAGAAGUGUCGGUUUGCUCGAUCUGGGGUAAGUGCUCUUAGUUUUGAACUCGUACUCUUGUUCUCAAACUAUAAACGCGCAAGAGAUGUGGAACACUGUGUUUUGGACUGGUAUUUGCGAAAUCUGGCGCUAGGAGGAAAAGUAAGAGAGAAAGAGCGUGGGUUGUUGGGAUGCCGAUCUCUUGACGAUUUCGAGGGAGAGAUGUCAAGUGUUUCAAAAAUCCGGACAUGCCAUUCAAAAAAAACGUUGAUGGUAAUAUUUAGAUGGUUGUGCAUAUGCCUCAUGCAAAAACUAGAUGAAGUUUAAGGGUCAGAAGACAAUUUUCUAUGCCGAUCAUAUUUGAGUCAUAGCUAUGCGAGGCAUAAUUCCACUAUUAAUCUCUCGACAGUCUGUCUCAAGUGAGGGUGAAACCAGACUCCCUACUUGGUCAGUCCCGCGUGCUCCAGCACACCCACUCCCACGCACACAUUAUUCUUCUCGUUUUCCUAGUCCUCCAGAGACUGCUCACCUAGACAUUUUUUGUGCGGCUCCCUCUCAAUGUGUGCUUAUUAGUUUGGUAUGAUAGUGAGAAAUGCGUGGCUCCUCUCGGGGCGGCGGAAGGGAGCAAACAGCAUCAAAAAGGGGGGAGGGAGCCGCGGAGCACACUUUCUCCUGAGGCAACCCGUGUAAUAAUCCUCCCGUAAGCACACUGCCAUUAGGCGCCCAAAGUUGUUCGUUACGCUUCUCUUCCGCCUUCCCUUCAAACUUUGUCCACUGUUUUUUGUUUCAUGACGCUUUGAUUUCAGGACAACACUCGUCUUCCACGAGCCAGCGGGCAUCGACCACGAAGGAAAAGUAUGUUAAUGUAGUUUCAAUUAGUGUUUUGACGUGCGAGAAAUAUAUGUUUAGUACACUUCUGUUGUACCAUUGCACUAAAAUAACACUAUUUAUAUCAAACAUCAUAUCGUGAUCAAUCACAAGAAAAGAAGAAAGUCUUGUGGUCUCGAGUUCAAUAAAGCAAGCACAUAUCAUACUUGAGAGCAAUACGCUGAUGACUAACAGGUUACUGAGCUGUGUGUCAAAGUUGAGAGAAGGUUCACAGUUCAGAUGAAUACAAUUUUGAACAGUUGCAUCUUGACCAAAUUCGACCAAGUCAGUAGUUAGUCGGUAUUGACCAUUGUUUGCGAGAAAUGAAAGAUGUUGUGUGCUCAAAAUUGUUUUUUUUUUAAAUUCCAUCAGUCAAAUUGCAGAGCGAUUCAAACCGCGGCACAGGUUCACCGCUUCCCGCCGAGCAACGAUCGCACGAUUUCAAGAAGAUUUUGCAGCGUUUUCAAGUGAGAUAAAUAUAGCGUUGAUUAAACGUUUCCCUUCCCUAUUCAAAAACUCGACUCGUCAGCUGUGAGCAAAAGAUUUCAAAAAUCUCUAGCACAACGAGUAAACAUCGGAAGUUAACACAGUACUCUUUAUCUCUCUAGUUCAAGUGCCUUGACAUUUGUUUAUCCCCCCGAGAAGGGGGCAAGAAAAAUAUCUGUCGAACACUGAUCAGCCAGUUUUUUUGUACUUUUUGUUCUGCAGCUACUAGACGACUAAACCAUAACUUUUUGCAGUCCGCUGAUCGAGGAUCCUCCUCUUCCAGCUCAUCCCAGCAUUAUCAACAGAGCCAUCAGAAUCAUUCACACCUCAUGUCGCCACCGAUUGCCACGUAAGUUAUCUCUGGUAUUCCAUCCACUUAACAUCCCGGUGCGUGUGCGAGGGAGGGGGUUAAGUAAAGAAAUGUAAAGAGGAAAACAUGAUAGUAACUCUACGACAUAACUAUUACGAACGACGAAGCGGCUGCUUUCAAUUCUAUUCCUGCAUAGAAGAAGAAAAAGAAGAUGGUCAUAUUCAGAUGGUCAGCGACACCGAUCAAGAUGGGCGGAUCACAAGAGUCGUGGUCGACGCCCCCGCAUCGAAGUAGUCUCAACUCAAAUUAUAGGUUGGUCAUUUUUUGGCUAUUUUUGGCAGUGCUCUGAACCUCGUAGUUGGUCAUUUCCAUGAUUACGACUGUGAAUGAAACGUGACAUUUACAGAGACAGCCCAAUAAACUCACGAAACACAUCGGCUCGCUCCCGAUUGAGCGUCUCCUCAGCUCAAAGUCCUCAUUGUUUCCUACCAACCACACGCGACUCUUCUCCUAGAUCUGUAAGCUCUUCUAGAACACCAUCACAUUCACGCUUACCAUAAUUUUCAGAUUCCUAGUCCUUCGCUCGUUCCUCUGAGACCAGACAGCUCACCAGACAUAACAAUAAACGAGUUACAUCAUUCGCCCUUCAGCCACACUGGAUCUACUCCAGAACCUACCGAAAUGAAAAUUCAGUCAAAAGCCCCAUCACGACGAGCUUCCUAUACUAACGGUAGGUCUUUGUAAAAUAAAAGAAAUUCGCUGCGAGCAGGGUUCGAACCUACGCGGGCAAUGCCCAUUGGAUUUCAAGUCCAACUCCUUAACCACUCGGACAUCGCAGCCGACGGAGUACGGGGUUGUUUGGUGCUAUCAGAAGAGUGCUGCUGCGGCUCUAGUCGGUUACGGAGAGAGACAGAACAAACAAAUAAACCAAUAGGGAACGCGCGAAUUAUGACACUUUUUGUAGGCUAUGCUAAUCACGAAACGUUCGCGCCAAUCAGAUGGGUGAAGGAGACCGAUGUGGACGAUCCGUUGUCGAUUCCCACUAUGAGUCCGAUCGGAUCGUCCGGAUCGUCCGAAGCGAACGUGGGCGUGAUGGCGAUGAGGAGCGCGCCAAUGUCCAAGAUGCCCAGUGUGGAGAAGCUCGAUAACAGGGUACUGUAAAAGGUUGAGCGCACAAUUCACUCCACAUUUUUUGCAGAAUUCAAUCCGCGGCUAUAACAACCGCAGCUGCCGUCGUACCGUACUUUCCGGGAUGGAUCGGAAUGCAAAUCACUCGCCGAACGGCAUCUACGUGCGGCGAAGCAGGUCAAAAGAUGAUCGGCCGUCGCUGAGCUACAUGUCAUUCAACGAGCAGUCACAACAACACGGUAAACCAUGAGGGGGAGAAGUAGACAGGUGUUGACAGUACCACUUGACAUUCUUACUUUUUGUCGAAAGUUUUUUUGGGAUGUGAGAAGGAGGUUGAGACACCAAUGUACAAGGAGAGUGUAGUGCUUAAUCAUUGAGAUGUUAGGAAAGGUGACGGGGAAAGGAAUGUCAGUGAAAUCCUUCACAACUUUGGAAAUUUUCUCGAAACUCAAAAAGUCUCAGAGAUGCCUCCUCGAAACGGUAAGCCUGGUCAUUAGGUUACUAGAUAUUUCUCGACAAUUUCAAGCAACCGAUAGUUUUAUUUUCAGCCUCUCCGCCUCGUACAGCUUCCAUCCCGAUCUUCAUGUCUCAAGAGUCAAUAUCAAUGCAAUCACCAAUGAACUCACCAGUCAACGGACAUUCGAUGACUUCCGGACAAGUCACACGCAACGAUAGGGCACAGAGCAAUCACAACCUGACAAAUGAAGAGCUUCACAAGCGUUUCCAACAAGUGGGCACAUUUAUUGUAUAGGCGUUUUAUUGUUGUGUUGUCAGAUUUCUCUUUCGCAUGUACAAACGCUGAACAUUGUGGCUGACAAACUGGCGGAAGAGGCUCGUCGCGGGGAUGAGCCCAUAUCCCGUAAUCGUCUGGGUCAAUUGGACUUUGCCUCGUUCAUAGUUUCGUCUCCACAUCCGAUUCUCACAAAAGGAAAGUCUCUGUUCUAUAAUGCGGUGCUUCCGAGACAGAACUUACCGGAUUAUCCGGUCACUUUGAUGGUGAGUCUUUAGUGGCUAGCUUUUCCCACAAGUACCGCCCAUUUUUCCAGAUUGCUCCAUGCUCUCAGUACGCUCCAUUGAUGCGCAAGACAGAAUCGAACCACUUUGGCCUCCCCGGAUUCUUAGAAAUUGAAGACCACGACGGCGCGAUUCGCCAAUUCCUUUACGAUACGGGUACUCAGAAUCUGGACGGGCGGAACACGAAAGUCAUUGCAAUGCCACGUCUCAACUUGUGCUCGUUCCACAGUCUGGCUGCCCAUCAACUCAAUCAGCGUUUGGAUCGGACGCACCACGAAGAGCUCGUCAGUUUUAUUCUUCUGCAAGUGCUUCAGGCUCUCAAAAUGCUCCAAGGAGAGGGCGUCGAGUCUCUGAGCACUAACUUCAAGGAGUUUUUGCUGGCUUACCGGUACCCGAACGUAAAUUCAUCGUAUAACGAAUUUCCAAGACUGUUAUUCCUACCGGAAACUCUGGGAGCCGAGAUCGAAAGCGGAGGCGACGAGCUCGUUGGGCUUUGCCGUUACGCGCUCCGUGCUCUGUGCACAUUGCUUCAUCACAAAAUGGAUGGAAAAGCGCCGGCCAUCAAAUUGCGGUCCAGAUUCUCACGAGCACUCUCCGCGUGUGCUCUUCUCCUGCAAGGGGAUAAAUCCAACAGUCUGACGAAGGCGAAGAAUGUGAUGGAGUUGGCGUUGUGGUCGGGCGGAGAGCACUUCAAAACCGAACAAGAGGCUCGCAUUUGGAUUGACACUGCUCGAGCCGAUUGUGUUGAUAACCUGGUGAGUUCGAGAGUCUAUUCAAAAAAGUUUGAGCUUGUUUAGUGUCGCCAACUCAUCUGCGAGCCGUCUCGUCAUCUAGGAGCCCGGGAACGCUUCCGCAUCGAGUUCUUGCUCAGCGCCACGCCACGUUCAAUCAUGGAAUCUCAAAAGUCGACGUUGGCGGCCAAUGUUAAUUAA